CGGGGCCGGGCCGGGCCGGGGCUGGAGCGGCCAUGGGGAACCUGUUCGGGCGGAAACGGCGGAGCCGCGUCACGGAGCAGGACCGGGCCGUGCUGCAACUGAAGCAGCAGCGGGACAAGCUGCGGCAGUACCAGAAGAGGCUGAGCCUGGGCCUGGAGCGGGAGCGGGCGCUGGCCCGGCAGCUGCUCAAGGAUGGCAAGAAAGAGAAAGCCAUGCUGCUGCUGAAGAAGAAACGAUACCAGGAGCAACUCCUGGAUAAAACAGAGAACCAGAUCAGCAACCUGGAGCGGAUGGUCCAGGACAUUGAAUUCACCCAGAUUGAAAUGAAGGUCAUUGAGGGCCUGAAAAUAGGCAACGAGUGUCUGAACAAAAUGCACCAGGUGAUGUCCAUAGAAGAAGUAGAAAGAAUAAUAGGAGAAACCCAGGAUGCUGUGGAGUACCAGAGGCAAAUAGAUGAGCUCCUGGCUGGCAGCCUGACCGAGGAGGAUGAAGAUGCCAUUCUAGAAGAGUUAAAUACUAUCACUCAGGAACAGUUGGAGCUUCCAGAAGUUCCUUCGGAGCCGCUCCCAGAGAAGAUCCCAGGUACGCUCUCUCUGCAGCUUUGGCUUCCACGCAGUAGUCUGGGACCCUCUCCCAGUGUCCAGCUGAGCCCUCACCCGAGAGCACCCGAGGCUCCGCUCUCUGUUCCGUCAGCAUCUGGUCAUUCCCUCCAGGAGUUUCCUCCUUUCUCUGUACCUGCCCUGAGGCAACCACCUGCCUUGAGACACCUUGUUGCAUUGUGAAGCUCCAUGAGGAAUUCCUCCCCUGCUUGUCCCAGGCAAGACUCAGACUGGUCCCCUGCACGUCGUCACAAGGCAGGGACAGUUAUUUUGUGGAUAUUGGAUUCUCCCUGCACAACACGGGAUCUCACAGAGGCUUCUGAGGGCUUGUAGCUCUUCUCACCUUGUGUCACGGGGGUUGGAACCAGCUGGGUGAGGAUCUCUGGAGUCCCUCAGCUCCAGGACUGUUGGAGCACGAGCUGCACACAACUGAUGGUACAGGAGCGUCUGCUCCUGAAUGGUGCAAAACCUCAGCAGAUGAUGGGUUUUGUGGGAAUUCAGCUGGGAAGUGGGAGAGAGCCCGUGAAGGAGGUGACCAGAUGGGCACUGGUGGCCCUGCCUGGCGAGGAAGGAGCUCACACAGAUGUCUGCCCAUGCUGAGAUGCUGAAAACUCAAACUGGUGAAGACUUUUCUGCUGGGGCAGCAGAACCCCGAGCCAUCACUCACAGAAGCUGGACCUCCCUGCUUGUGCAAACAGGAGCUGGAAGAAGCCAUUUCCUCCGUGUGGAAUCUGCCCAGGAGCAGUCUGGGAUGUGGGGAAUGGGGCUGGUUUCUUUGGUGCUUGUUUACUCGUAAACAGGGCUCAGGUGUCAUCGCUGUGUGGUGGCAGCAGCAGGAGCCAAGCAAAACACAGCCUGGCCCUGUGGCUGCAGCUGUCUGAGCCUCGUGGUGCCAGAUCUGAGGGAUCAGGGGAAGAGCUGGACUUACCCCUGCACUCUAAAAAAGGCUCCUGCCCUGGAUCUGUGUCGUUGGGCUGGUGGCUCACUGGGUUGGGUGUGUUCUGAAACUGUUUGAAUUUGUCAGGUGCUGUGAGAAAGGGCCAUACUGAGAACGUGGGAUUAUUUAUAACCAACUUCUCUUAUUUCAGGUGCUGUGCAAGCGUUUGCUGUUCUGCAGGAUGGAUUCUGAGCCCUGGAUCCUCCUCAGGAGAUGGCUGCAGGGUAUUUACAGUCUCUGUUUCUGUAACAAGUUUCUUUUCCCUCCACAGAAGCGUCACCCGUCAAGAACAGGCCAAAGCCAGAGCUGGUGGCAGCGUCUUAACUCCCAGAGCUGGGGAUUCCCCCACGAAACUUUCACCGAGGACAGUUUGCCCUCCCAGGGUGUGCUGGGAACAGGCAAUGCCUUGGCAGCAUCCCAGCUGUGCUGGGUGGAUUGUGGAGCGGGUUUCCCUGCGCAGGGCGGGGACCCGGCUGAUUAUCGCUCUUGUAUCAAGAUUAUUUUCUAGUGCUUUCUUUUUUUGUAACUUAAAUUCUAAACUCACUCAGCUGCGCUGUCUCGGGAUUAAACAGCAACUCUAAAACCUCCAAAGCCAAA